CAGUCGUCAACUUAUGCCGAUAAGAGUCGCGUACCGUUGCAAUACAUUAUGAUAUUAAGGUUGUUUUAUCGCUACAGAUAAAUUAUAUUCAGGUUAAAUACGUGAUCAUAGUGUUGUACAGGCCGGUAAGGAUCGUGACUUAGAACAAUCCUGGAGCAGCCGACGUUCAGCAGCUGUCACAGUAAAAAUUUGUUCGUGUGUGUGUAUUGGUCGUAUUGGUGGACAUACUAGACGUGGUUGUCAUAAAAGCCGUAGCGAGUGAAGUUUCACGGCUCAGACGGCUCCGAGUCGUGUUCGAAGUUAAAUCGUGUGUCUCGCAUAAUUGACUCCAGUUUUUGUACACAUAUUUUUUUCCAAUCGCGUUUAGACAUCACAUAAGGAUACAAUGUGCGGAAUUUUUGCAUACCUGAACCAUUUGACCCCAAAGUCAAGACGCGAGAUUCUCAACCUCCUCGUCGGUGGGCUCAAGCGACUGGAAUACCGUGGAUACGACUCUGCUGGCGUUGCGGUUGAUUGUCCGAAUGGUAAGGACAUUCGGAUAAUAAGGAAGCAAGGAAAGGUUCAGGCCCUGCACGAUGAAAUAUUCAACGGUGACAAUUUCGAAUUCGAUGGAAAAACUGAGAGUCACUGUGGAAUUGCCCACACUCGCUGGGCUACUCAUGGUGUCCCAUCGGAGGUUAAUUCACACCCUCAAAGGUCCGAUCCUGAUAACACUUUUGUCGUCGCUCACAACGGUAUCGUGACGAAUUACAAGGAAGUUAAGACGCUUUUGCAACAACGAGGCUACGUUUUCGAGAGCGAAACCGACACCGAAGUCAUCGCCAAGUUGGUCCAUCACCUGUGGACCCAGCAUCCGACUUAUUCGUUCCGCGAGCUCGUCGAGCAAGUUGUACAACAAUUGGAAGGUGCAUUCGCGCUGUGCUUCAAGAGCAAGCAUUUCCCGCGAGAAUGCGUCGCGACUAGGCGUGGAUCGCCUCUCCUCGUUGGGAUCAAGACCAAAACGCGUUUGGUCACAGAUCACGUGCCAAUUUUGUACGGAAAAGACGAUCUUCCAAAGCACGCGACCAAAGCCGAGAGCGAAGCAUCGACACCAGAUCAUCGUCCCCACGGAAGAACCGCGGACGUUCCAGUCAUACCGAGAACCGACAGUACCGCUGAGUUCCAACCGCUCGUUGAGAAGGAGGUCGAAUAUUUCUUCGCUUCGGAUGCCAGUGCUGUCAUCGAACAUACCGAUCGUGUCAUUUUUCUUGAGGAUGACGACGUAGCAGCUGUGAAAGACGGUAUUUUGAGCAUUCAUCGUCUUCGUCGCUGCAUGGACGAUCCCCAUGGUCGUGAGAUCAUAACUCUCAAGAUGGAAAUUCAGCAAAUUAUGAAAGGAAACUACGAGUAUUUCAUGCAGAAGGAAAUUUUCGAACAGCCGGAAUCUGUUGUCAACACUAUGAGAGGACGUCUCAAUUUCCAGAAUAAUUCUGUCACACUCGGUGGAAUAACCGACUAUAUUCCUGAGAUCAAGAGAUGCAGACGUUUGAUGCUGAUCGGCUGUGGAACGAGUUAUCAUUCGGCGGUCGCGACGAGACAGCUUCUCGAGGAGUUGACUGAACUUCCGGUCAUGGUGGAGCUAGCCUCAGACUUUCUCGACCGAAACACCCCUGUUUUCAGGGACGAUGUUUGCUUCUUUAUCUCGCAAUCCGGAGAGACAGCGGACACUUUGAUGGCGUUGCGUUACUGCAGAAGUCGCGGAGCUCUGAUAGUUGGAAUAACGAACACGGUUGGUAGCAGCAUUUGUCGAGAGUCCCACUGCGGAGUUCACAUAAACGCGGGGCCCGAAAUUGGUGUCGCGAGUACGAAAGCUUACACCUCUCAAUUCAUUUCCCUGGUUAUGUUUGCUCUUGUUAUGAGCGAGGAUAGAAUAUCUUUGGGAACGCGAAGAAUGCAGAUUAUCGAAGCUCUGAAAAAUCUGGACAACCAAAUCCGUGAAGUACUCAAGCUCGAUAACAAGGUCAAGGAGCUUGCAAAAUCUCUUUAUCAGCACAAAUCACUCCUGAUUAUGGGCAGGGGUUACAACUUUGCGACCUGCAUGGAAGGAGCGUUGAAAGUAAAAGAAUUGACGUACAUGCACAGCGAGGGCAUAAUGGCCGGAGAAUUGAAACAUGGACCUCUCGCACUGGUUGACGAUUCUAUGCCGGUUAUAAUGAUCGUUAUGAGAGACCCGGUAUACGUUAAAUGCAUGAACGCCCUGCAACAAGUGACAGCUCGAGAGGGCCGACCCAUUGUGAUAUGCGAAGACGGAGACGAGGAAACGAAAGCUCUGGCCGCUCGUUGCCUCGAAGUACCAAGAACGGUCGAUUGUCUUCAAGGAAUAUUGACUGUUAUCCCGAUGCAAUUGCUUUCAUUCCACAUCGCUGUUUUGCGAGGCUGCAACGUAGAUUGUCCAAGAAAUCUGGCCAAGUCCGUUACGACGGAGUAGAGGACGAAAAACAGGAGGAGGAACAGCUUCACAAAUUCUACGAGCGCGAGGAAAGAAAAAGUGAGAGAAACGAGAGAAAAACCCACUCUGAAGCAUCCGACACGAAAAUGAUUAUUUUUCUUAGCGCUGCUCUAGAGACAUUCGAAGUAAUUACACCUCUAACAGUUACCACAACUGUUGAUCUUGUUGCAAACCAUCUCAAAAUUGGCAAUAACUGGAGUCAAUUUUUUUUUCCACGACUCAAAAAACCUCGGGCUGGUGAAAUUUAUUUAAAAAUCCGACGUGAUAAUCCGAAAACGUCUCAUCAAACGAGCUCCCCAGAGAGAAUACAAUUAAAAAAUGAGAAAAAAUUGCCCUAUUUCUUAUCGAGCUCGAGGCAAGAGAAAAUAAAGAAAUGCAAAUCAAUGUUAUGACGCAUUGUCGAAAAUAUGUCGAUGAAUUACCAAAAUUACUUGAACGUCAAACAACUCUGAAUCGCAAUCGCUUGUGUUGAAACAAAUUUUUAAAUAACUCACAUUCCUCGAUCGACGAAUUACAGUAAGUUCUCAGUGUAAUUAAAUUCUAAUUGUAUUUAAAAAAUGAAGUGAUAGAAAAGAAAAGAAUUGUAGAGAGAAUUCGAGUAUAACUCCGUUCCUGAAAAGAACGGUUGAAAACACAUUUACUAAUUGUAUUGUUUGUGAGAUAACUAAGUCGAGACUGGCACAAAAAGAUGCAUUUACUUGCCUAAAAAAAGCCUAACGAUAAGAAAACAAAUAGACUUGGUUGUGCUUUGUCGAAAUGAUCGAUCAUUCGAUCGGCACUAAAUUGGAUUCGAUUCAGAAUUUCCAUACCGUAAUAACGCGAAUUUAAAAAAAAAAAAAUCGAAACAACGAUCUUGCGAUCCUGCUGUACCUUUAAGAUAUUUUUUCUUCAAUGCUUCGGUGGCGGAUAAAACUUCUGCCAUUUUAUUUUUUCAACUAUUAUUUCUUUCACUUAGUUUAAAAGACUAUUCCGAUAUUUACAAUUUAUAAGAGUGAAAUAUAUUGUACGUUAUUAAUGAGAAAUAUGUAUAUUGACGAUUGCGUUCGAUCGAGAAUUAGAAAAAAAUAAUCAGACGAUGAGCCUUCACUGGCGAAACAUCUAUUUUUUUGAUGACGAUUACACUUUUCCAUAUUUCUGAGAACAAAUCACACUCAGCAAUAUAUUCCCAUUUAUCAAUGAUUCAUUAAAUGUUUAUCUUUAGCGUAUAAUUAAUGGACCAUGAAAUUUGUAUUGUGAAAUAUUCCUACAACCCUGAACGAUGCGAACCUAUUUUUCCAGUAGAGAACGAUGAUUCUAUGCAAAUUAAAAAACCUGUGUAUUUUUAAUCGAGGUUCGAAUUGAUUGUGAAAUAAUAUGAUAAUAAAAACACUUUCGCAGA